AUGGCUACAAAUGGCACGGCGGGCUUUGCGCCAUCAGAUGUUUUGGGGGCCGUCAUGACGAUGCGAAGCGGGGAACAGGAAGCAAAGAAGAAGGCGCACGAAUACUUGGAGCAGUUCCAGAAGUCGAAGGACUCUUGGGGGACCGUAAUUGGAAUCCUCCAAUCCAAGGCUGAACCCGAGGCGACUCUUUUUGCUGCCAUCACGCUGCGCGGAAAGAUUACCUAUGAUCUCAUCACCCAGGUCCCCCCCAGCGAGCUACCCGCCCUUCGAAACCAGAUUCUGCUCCUUUUGAAGCACUACGCCGCUGGCCCCAAGCCCAUUCGAGUUCAACUAUGCGUAUGCUUGGCGAUUUUGGCGAUCCAGAUGAAAGAUUGGAACGAUGUGCUUUCCUCGGUCGUCCAGUCACUCAGCGACAGCCCCGAGAGCCAUGCUUGCAUUCUCGACUUCUUGCGAGUCCUUCCCGAGGAGGUGACUGAAGGUCGAAAAAUUACCUUGUCUGAAGAAGAUCUUGCAGCGCGGACGCAAGCACUGCUGGCAGAUAACGCAGAUCAAGUUGUACAGCUCCUAAUCAACUAUUCACAGUCUUCGCCUGCUGCGUCUCGAAACCCGCUCCUUAUGGAGUGUAUCACGUCGUGGCUUCGAGAGGUUCCUGUUGGCAUUAUCGCCAGCUCGCCUCUCCUGGAAGCUAUUUUCCAGGGUGUUACGUCUGAUGAAUGUAGCCAAGAAGCCGCAGAGUGCCUGUGCACGAUGCUCAGAGAGACGGCCGAUGUUGACGAAUCCCAAGCUAUCAUCCAAACUCUGUUUCCGCGAAUCAUCAGCCUCACACCGCGCAUCGCCACCCUGGUCGCUGAAGAGGAUACCGAAUCGCUGAAAUCUCUAACCAAAGUGCUAGCAACUGCAGCGGAAAGCUGGGUAGUUGCCAUCGCACGACAGCCAACCCAGUUCCGCCCCAUUGUCGAUGCUGUCCUCGAAUGUGCCGCUCGAGAUAAGGAUCGCGAUGUUAUUGAGCAUACUUUCAACUUUUGGUAUGAGCUCAAGCAAUAUCUGGUGCUUGAACGAUAUAUCCAGGGCAGAUUGGAGCUUGUGGACGUCUUCUCCAAACUUGUGGAUAUUCUACUAACGCACCUACGGUUCCCGACGCCCGAGUCCGGAAGCGAAACCGACUUGUUUGACGGGGACCGCGAGCAAGAGGAGAAAUUUCGUGAGUUUCGACACCAGAUGGGCGACACGCUCAAGGACUGCUGCGAAGUUAUGGGCGUGACCGAGUGCCUUACAAAGGUGCUUCAUGCAAUUCAGCUAUGGACUCAAAAGUAUGCGAGCCAGGCAACAGAGGCGUCAGUCCCACACUGGCAGGAGCUUGAGGCCCCCUUAUUCGCGAUGCGCGCCCUCGGCCGCAUGGUAGACAAGGAGGAAGACAUUGUGCUUCCUCAGCUGAUGCCGCUCCUUGUACAGAUGCCCAGCCACGAGAAGCUUCGAUUUGCGACGAUCAUGGUGCUGGGACGCUACACUGAGUGGACUGCGGCUCAUCCCGAGUACUUGGAGCCCCAAUUCAACUACAUUGUCAACUCGUUCCAGUCGGAUUCUCGAGAAAUCACUCGGGCUGCGGCGCUGUCACUCAAGUUCUUUUGCACUGACUGCAAGCAUCUUCUCAGUGGUCAAAUACUGCAGCUUCAGACGUUUUAUGACCAGGUUUUGGAUAAGCUUCCUGAUCUCAGUAAGGAAGAGGUCACCGAGGGCGUUUCGAAUGUUCUGGCUGUUCAGCCUGUUUCGGAGACGUAUCACCUGCUCAAAACGUAUUGCGAUCCGCUAGUCCAAAGGCUGAUGACGAAGGCAAACCAUGCGACUACGGACGAGGGCAAAUUAGCAGUAGCAGACCACCUGCAGCUUAUUACCAUCUUUGUGCAAAAUGUGAUGCCUCUGGUUAACCAUGGAGAAGAGAACCCUGCGGUCAAGUACUGGCAAGAAGUCUUCCCUAUCUUGUCUACUGUACUAGACAACUUCCUCACAUUUUCACCAAUUUGCGAAAGAGUUUGCAGAUGCUGGAGAAACAUGGUCAUUUCCUACCGGACUGCCAUUACACCCAUGCUUGCGGACAUGGCAAAUAAACUGGCCGGUGGUUUCAAUGUCUCGAGAGAAGGCUGCUUCCUUUGGGUCACAUCUGCCAUUCUGCGGGAGUUUUCCGAGGCGCGAGAGCACGUGGAUCCGAGCAUCGCCGAAAACAUCUACACAUUCUUCGAAGCCCAAACGACAACGUUUUUGAGAGUCAUGACCGAACUGCAGCCCAAGGAGCUGCCAGACGUGAUUGAUGAUUUCUUUAGGCUGCUCAUCGAUGCGCUGCUAUACUAUCCCCAGAAGCUCAUUCCAUCUCCACUCUUGGUUCCCAUUUUCGAAGCCUCCAUCUACGCCUUGACUUUGGAACAGCGAGAUCCUCUGUCUUCGACUCUCCACUUCCUGAGAGAUUUGCUGUCCUAUGGUGGCGACAAUCCGGCUAGUAGCGAGGGGCUGCCGGACUCGGCUGCGGCGAGCAUCAGAACGAUUGUUAAGAACCUCCUCAGCAGCCACGGAGAAAAUCUGGUGAAGCAAGUCAUGGCGGGCAUGAUGAUUACUUUCCCGCGAGACUGCUUUGCGGAUGGCAGCGGCGUUCUACUCAGUCUCUUUGAACUUUUGCCUGUGCAGACGACCGAAUGGGUUUCACAUACAAUUCAGCUAUUACCUCAAGGCACCGUGUCUCCAGAGGAAGCCAACAGACUGAUGAUGAAGAUCAAGGAGCGAUUGUCGUCGAAUGAAGCAGGAGGUAUUCGGCAUGUGAGAGUGCUGCUGCAAGACUUUACGAAUACAUAUCGGCGCCGUAACGUUGCGCCUCGGGACGGCCUCGGGCAGCUCGAAGCGACCCGGUUUCAGUUUGCUGGAUGA